AUGGAGAUUGUAAUACUACUCAUAUCCAAAGAUUACCAAUGCUUUAUGCCGUUACAUGCUACGCUCGUGGAAAUGGAGCGGACAGAGAAAGAAGAGCAUUGGUUUCGAGAGGACCGAAACCUAGGUGCUGAAUUGUCGGGCACAAGGGCAGAUGGUUAG